GUUGAAGUAUAAAUUUAAAAUACUUCAAUUCGUUGAUCGGCCUCAUAAUGGAUAAGUUCAUCAUGUUGCCAAAGCCUAUGUUGAUCCUAUAGCAUAUUUUCUAUUUCUAAACCAAAUAAAUAAGAAAUUAUACAAUAGAAAUUUAAGAAAUUUAAAACAUUUGUGAUAAACUAUCCAAAAGAUUAUGCGCACUCCAAGGGUUGAUCAAUCAAAAUAUUAAGAAAGCUAUAUCUCUAUGGUUCAUUAUCAAAUGUUGAGAUAUCCAAUUUAAUCGUUUUGUAGAAUUAUUUAAUAUAUAAGUAAUAAAAUUAAUAUGGGCUGCCAACAAAAUUGGAGGAUUAUUAUAAGACUGUUAAUUUAAUAAAAUUGA